CUCACGACCAUGUCCUCACCAACAGAGACACGUCGCCCAACAGCCUCAGAUGUCUUUCGCCCCCGACUUCCCCUCGAUCCCUUUACUCCUCAAGAUAACCGACAGCCACAUGUGGAGCGUGGGCCUGUGAUGAAUCCGGACACACCGUGGAUUGCCCAUGACCUCGCUUCCCUCAGCCAUGCCUUCACACUGGGACCCAACGUUCUUCUCGUUCUUGGAGCACCAAGUCCACACGCGUUGGCGCCACUUUUGCGCUCAUCGACCUUUGACCACAGUCUUCUUUUGCUCGUCACCCAUUCACCUCCCACUCGAAGCUCUCUUGUCGCUGCUGCUGGUAGCUCUUCAAAUCGCCAUGCGGCAAUCCGAGUUCUCCAUCUAUCAGAACAACUCGCGCCGGCCUCCCCAGCUUUUGCGCUUGCUCUCGUAGCCAUUCUUGAAGCUGCCGCUAACGUCGCGCGUGCUUGGCGAGCCCAAGUCGUUGUUUCUCCUCCUCUUCCCGGCUCCAAACCAGAUAUUGCGCAGCUCGGACAAGCUUCUAAUGGAUCGUUUUCCAUUGUGGAGCCAUUAACUGACCCAGGAAAUCCUUCACCCACAUUGUCAAACGACUACAUUCAGAGCCCAAGCAAAGCUAAACGUGGAUCUACCCUAGCACCGGUUAGCAGCAAUAAUAGUCCAUAUCCACCCGGUCGCCUUAGACCACCAUCCGCUCUUUCUGUCGCGUCUACCACGUCCAACUCCGUUCGCAGCGGCUUCUUUUUCUCCUCUUCAACAUCCCUGAACAAGAAAACAUCAUCCAGUCGACUUUCAGUUCAGCAACCCAAUUCUAAACGACUGUCUACUUCUUCCAAACGGAUGUCAUCAAAAGCUCCCAUAAACGAUGGCACACGUGCAUUCGACGCACUAAUAUCCUUUUUACCCGCCGCUCAACCCGAGAAGGGAGUCUUGAAACAUGUCGUGCUUGUUAGCACACUAGCAGCGAGCUUCCUCUCGGGUCCGUCAUUCGCCACCAGCCCUAAUGCGAGCGCAACCACUUCCUACUCGUAUAUCGGCAGCCUCCCGGGUAGCCGACGCGGAAGCGUCAGUAGUGGGAUGGGACCGAGUAGAAGUGCGAGUCGUGCGGGGUCUAUUAUUGGCGGCGCGACGGAAUCCAUGGCCAACACCAAAAGGCCGUCGUCUCCAUCACGCUCGUUUUUCCAGACAAGUAAAAGCAUGCCGGGCAGCCCGCGAGGCUCGCUUUACGGUGUUGCUUCUUUCGCACCCCGAACAAGUGCCCAUAUCGUACACAUUCUUCCUGCCAGUUAUCGCAGCGCCAAGCUUUCCAAUGCCUUGGGAGCCUUCCUGGAAAGCUAUUCGCCUUCCGCAACUUCACCGUCCGGAGCUAGGCCGCCCAUGAAGCCUCAAGCGUAUGUCGUUGCCGAACGUGCAAUUUCGUCAACUGUAGAUGCGUUGGAAAGCAUCCUGGUUGGCGCUCUCGAGACAGAGAAAUCCUCCAUUCCUGAUGUCAAAGGGAAACGACGUGAAGAAGGUGUAAGAUCAGGCCGCUGGAUUGCCAGUGUUGUCGUCGAGAAGGACGAGGAAUCAGAUGGGGAAGAUGAACUCGACAAAACACCGUUCGGGCUGCCCACUCCGCCAGAGAGUCGAAAUGGUAGUGGCGAAGAUGAAGGCGAGCCGGCUGUCGAGCAACCACAAAGCCGAACACCUUCUCAUUCGCCGCAAACAUCACCACAAAGUAAGAAACCGAGACGGGCGAGCGGACAGCCAGCUGUUUUUCCGGUUGUGGAACCACCGCUUUUGCGGAGUCCCAGUGGCCGACGGAGAUCUGAUAGUGCUCCUACAGCGCAGGUCAAGGCCACACAGCCAAGCCCGAUUGUCAUUCCUAAAGCCCCACCAUCAUCCUUCCGGUCUCCUGCUACCACACGGACAUGGGGCUCUCGAGGAAGCCGAUUCUUUGGCGGAAAUACCGCUGACGACUUCAAACUCAGCCCCAAAAACAGGCGGGGACGUAGUUCUCCAGACUUGACCGAGCUGUCGAAGCGGAAGAAGAGGUGGUGGGCUUUCUGGAGUUGA